CGGCUCUUCAAGGUCUCAUCCGAGUCUGAAUAUCUUGUUGCCCUCACUCCUGAAGCCUCACAUCGUGCCAUCUCACCCGUUUUACUCAUCACCAUGGAAGCGAUUGACAUACACGAUAUAGAUAUCGACAUGGACAGCGCUAUAUAUUAUGACAACGACCCAGAUCAUCAGUACUUCCUUGACGACAGCGCGAUCAUCGAUAUCACUGACGAUACUUACGUUGCUCCUACUUCAUCUCCAGUCUCAGAUCCACCAGAAUCAGAUGAGGGAGUGAUAGACCUGACCGACUACGAUUCCACCUUCAACGAAGGCGACUAUCUCACCGACGAACACUUCGCAAGGUUACUACGACAGUGGCGCGAGAUCUCAGAUCAAGCAGCACCAAAACCAGAGAAGGAGUCUCAAACACCCGAGCCUGAAUAUCGACGUAUCAUCCCAGAAGCAUGUAUCGAUGAUAUCAUAUACAGAGCUGGCUUAUCGGUUGAGCUUCAUGACGAUUCAUUUCUUCGAAUAGAAGCUGUUCUGGAGGACGUCUCUGGGGAAAUAUUCCUACGCGGCCGCCGUCUCUUCAAGAUUACAGACGGCCAUUUAGAUACAUGUAUCCCGAUCUGGCGGGAUGAACUUCUCUGGGUAAUAGCCCCCUUCACAAGGGAUGAUGUGCCUCUUAUACCGUCUGUUAAAAGAUUCUGCAAUAUCCGGUUUACAAACCAGUGUAAGUCUAUGGAAACACGAGAACAGCGCCCCUCGCAAGGCACACUUUUCUGUCGUCUCAAGCAGAUUCGCCCCUCUGGUCCGGAAAAGGACUCCGGCUGUGGUAACGAGGGGUCGGUGGCAUAUCUGACCCCUGAUGAAGCAGACCAAGGUUACAGGGUCCCUUUAGCAGUUUUGAGACAAACUUGGAGAGGAACCACAACUCCCUUUGGAGACGUAGAGAGCCGGCAGUCUUCUCCAAGAGGAAUUAUUGAUCUGGAAGCUUCAAGUGGAACGACUGUAAUCGAUCUCACAGAAGCCGAAGAAGAACCUGAACCCAACGUUCCUCCAGCUCGAAAAUACACUUUCGGAGACGGAUUCUGCGGUGCCGGGGGCGUGUCGCGUGGUGCCAAAACUGCGGGGCUGGAGAUCAAGUGGGCAUUCGAUAACAAUGCGCAUGCUAUGAAUUCGUACCGGAUGAACUUCCCAAGCGCUUCGUGCGAGCAUACCGACGUAUUUGAUUUCCUCACUCGUGACGCAGACUAUUUGAGGGUGGAUGUCAGUCACGGGUCACCCCCAUGUCAGACCUUCUCGGCCGCCCAUACCGUAAAUUGCGCAAGAGACGAUGAGAAUUCGGCAUGUGUCUGGUCAUGUGCGGAUCUAAUCCGCAAAGCUAAGCCCCGAGUCCAUACGAUGGAAGAGACAAGCGGGCUUUCUGAGCGGCAUACGCCGACAUUCUUCAGCGUAGUGCAGGACUUUGUCGACAUUGGAUAUUCGGUGCGCUGGAAGAUCGUGAAUUGCAUGGAGUACGGCGUGCCGCAGUCACGACGACGAUUGAUCAUCAUUGCGUCGGGGCCAGGAGAAAGCCUUCCACCAUUCCCCAAGCCGACUCACGGACUUCCUGGAUCAGGGCUCUUACCGUUAACGACAAUCAAUUCUCUAAUCGCGAACAUCCCCAGAACAGCGUCGGAUCAUGAUGUGGACGGAGCGUUGAUUCGCGGGUUCCGCAACGGAUACCGAGAUGCCUUCGAUGGCAACCAGCAAGCCAAGACGAUCACCUGUAGCGGCGGAGAGCGGAACUACCACCCAUCAGGCAGACGGGGGUUUACCAACCGCGAGUUCGCGUGCCUGCAAACGUUCCCCAUGGAGCACCGGUUUGGGACCAAAGAAGUGCGCAAGCAGAUCGGGAACGCAGUGCCUCCGAUCUUGGCGAAGGCGAUAUAUCGGGAGAUCAUUAAGUCGCUGCGGAGAACUGAUGAGCAGCUCACGGCGGAGGAUCCAGCGGCUGUUAUUGAAUUGUAGCCUUGCCUUCGGAGAUCUGGAAGAGACGGAGCUGGUCCAGCCUGGCUCGAAUACGCCGUCUCCUGGAAGGAGCCGAAAACACGGAUAGCGGACCGAGAGGCGGACAGCGGACCAUAGUUGAGAGGGAGCUGGGAACACAAAAACACGGACAUUUCGAGCGGACAAUGAGCCAUUGGAGUUUGUGAACGUGUUUUACAAUGUAGCAAUAGCCUAGAUUGGAUCACAUGAAUGCUGAACAGUAGAACUGAACUACAU